CGGAAAUUUCACUUCAAUUUUAAUAUCGGCGCCGAAGAGUCCUAAGAACAAAAUAAAACAAAAAUUAGUUGAGGUUCAGCAGUUAAAAGUAGUCAAGAUGUCUGAAAAAAACUACUCUGUGGGUGGUCCGAAUUUUGAACAGUACAUCGUGUGCCCAUAUGAUAGCGUCCAUCGUAUAACGCCGAUUCGUUUGGCCAAUCAUUUGACCCGCUGCGCUAAGAAUCAUUCCUCAUCAAAGAUGGUGCGGUGCCCUUUUAAUUCAAAUCAUUUGCAUUCUGUUGGCAACAUGAAAAAACAUGUCAUCGAAUGCCCGAACCGAUCGUCCUUAGAGCGCUACAAGCUGCCGGAUAUGCUGCCGCCUGUGGAACCACGAGCCAGUGACUUUGUUGUCGAAUCCAGCGAGGAUUGGGACGCCGAGCCGCCGGCUCCGACUUACAAUCCACAAAGAUACUGCGAACAGGAGUGCAUUAUCCGUAAAAUCCAGGGCAAACCACCGGCCGCUCGUCGCGAAUUCCGUGAGCGCGAACGCAGGCGCUUCAAGGAGAUGAAUUAAGUCCAAAGUCGAGAUAUGUCGCGGAGAAUAAUUCAGUACAUGUUAAAC